AUGGAGGAAGAAGUGAGAGGAUAUGAAAAAUGGUUAAAAGAUUAUCGAGAGGAAAGGCGUUGUAACGAAUGGUCAUUACAACAAGAAGCAGAUGAAUACGUUAGAAAUUUCUUACUUUCAAAAAAAGAAAUAAAAAAAGACAGUGAUGACUUCCAAGAAGUUGGUGAAGAUGGAUUUGUAGUUAUACCAGAACAAUAUCGUAGAAAUGAAUUUACAUAUUCACAACUUGAUCCUGAAAUUGCAGAAAUUAUUGCAUCAAAACGUAAACACAAAAAGAAUGAAGGUAUGGUUUUUGAAUACCAACCAGUAAAACGAGUUGAAAAUACAAAGAAAGCAAAGAAAUUAAGAUACAAUAUUAAAAAGAACAAAAUAGAAAAGGUUAAAAAAAGUAGUAAACAAGAUGAAGAAUAA